AUGGGCCCUGGUCUCGGUGGCGGAUUUGGUCGUUUCUCAGGGUAUUAUGGUUUAGUCUUGGACAGUAUUAUAGAGCUGGACGUUGUCUUGGCCAACGGCUCAAUAAUCACCGUCUCCGAAUCCUCUCAUUCAGAUCUCUUCUGGGGCAUGCGAGGCGCUGGGCAUAACUUCGGCAUCGUCACUCGCUUCAGCUACAAGAUUUAUGACAUCCCGCAUCCAGAUUGGUUUUUUUCAACCAUGACUUUUACGAACGAUAAGCUGGAAGCAGUUUUCGAAGCACUGAAUACUUUUGGUGCGAAUGGCACUCAGCCAAAGGAGGCAGUGACUUAUACUCUUUACACCCUGAAUCCUGAGAUAAGCGCUACUGAGCCAGUGGUCAUCUUUGUCCUCCAGUUCGGUGCUUCAGCCGUCGAGGCAGCACCCAUACUAGCCCCAUUUUUCGCGCUGAAACCCCUCUCAGCAACAAAUGAGACUGUACCUUACACCGGUGCAGCGCACGCCGCUGGCGCUGGCGUUACGGAUGCGACUUGUCUGCCGGGAGUCAGCGCGCAGUUGUACCCUGUCGGGUUACAAACUUAUAACAUCAGCACCAACCGGGCCAUAUACAAUCUGUACAAAACUAUGGUCAAUGAGAACCCGGGUUUGAACACCUCCAUCGUUCAAUUUGAGGGAUACGCGCAGCAAGGGAUCAGAGCUGUUGACCCGGACAGCACGGCCUACGCGCAUCGCGGCGAUAGUUUGCUUGUUUCCUACGGCCCCAUCUGGUCUCCCAGCGAACCUAGCCUCGCGGCCGUAGCAAGCGACUACGGCCACCAGGCUCGAACCACUUUCCACGCCGGCGAACCUGGACGCACGCUGAAUACCUACGUCAAUUAUGCGUCGAGUGAUGAGACGCCGGAGAUGCUGUACGGGUACGAACCGUGGAGAUUGGAGAGGUUGAGGAAGCUGAAGAGCGAGUACGAUCCUAAGGGCAAGUUCAACUUUUACAAUCCGAUUCGAUGA